UCUUAUAGAGCUCAAUGAAUAUGUCUUGAUUUAAUUACAAAAUUCAAACUUCAAACACGUUUCCAUCAGUCAAACGAAUGAACGGUUGAUUGAUUGGAACCAUUGGAAUCUUGGAACCAUAGCACAGAAAUAGCUACCAUAGCUUACCAACAACCACAGAAAUCCAUCGACCACCUUACUAAAACGUUCUUAAACUUCAACAACCUGACAAACAUGUCGAUCCAAGGCAAGUCAGUGUUAUUUGUAUGCCGAGGGAAUAUAUGUCGUUCUCCUAUGGCAAUGUUUUUGUUGAAACAUAUAGUUAAAGAUAAGGAAGGUUGGGUCAUAGAUAGUGCUGGUUAUGAAGACUGGAAUACUGGUUGUGGGCCUCAAGAACAUGUCUACAACGUUAUGUCAGAACAUUCCAUACCAUCGGGUGACCACCGUGCAAGAAAAAUCGAAAAAAGUGACUUUGAUCGUUUCGACUACGUGCUUUGCCUCGAUGAAUAUGUCAUGCGAAAACUUAAAGAAGAGUAUCCUGAUCCAUCCAGAUGCCGCGCAAAACUUCAGCUCCUUCGUGAGUAUGAUCCAAAAAAAGAAGUGUUUGAAGACCCGUACAGAGGAACAAAAAGUGACUAUGAAAAAGUCUUUCAACAAUGCCAAGUGUGCUUGAAGAACUUUUUUCAUGCUGUCAGUUAAUAAACAGUAGAAGCUUUGUGUCCUUUAUCUACUGUAAAAUGUACUAUGAUUGGUUAUUAACUGUAAAUUGAAUUAGGUAAGUUUGCAUAUUAAUGUUAGUAUGUAAAUGUAAGUUAGUACCUUUUAUACUUGAAUUGUGACUAUAGUAAGAUGUCACUCUUUUGCUCCUUGGUCACCACCAUUUUAGACCACUAUUGAAACAUUUACAAUGCUUUUUCUGUUGUUGUGGUUUAAAGUUAACUUGCCUACAUUUAGUGAAAACUGCAUUCAUGUCAAUUGGUUUAUUAAGUGCAUAUGGUGAAUCAAUAAGUAUUUUAGGAUUACCUUCACUGACACAACUAAGUGAUGAAGAACAGAAAUCACUUUGUAAAACUUGGUGAAUGGUUAAUUUAUUGUUGAUUGAUCUGAAAGGCUCUUUUUAACUAGAAGACACUCUAAAGUUUGCCAUUUAUAUGCACAACUUACUACACACUUUUUAUGAAUUUAACUUACAGAAUAACAAAACUUCAAUAAUUUACUUGACUUUUGUUUUAUUUGCAAUGCUCUUUAUCUGUCUACUUUUGCAAUAAGAGUAUGCUGCAAUAUUUUCAUUAUGUUUGACAAAUGCUUUGUUUCGUGAUAGCAAGUUCACAACUGAAACAAAUUCACAAGAUGAAUGCAGACAUUGGGUCUAAAUUAAUUUAUUUUAUUAGGAUAGUUGAAAUAAACUAAAAUGUACUUGUA